AUGUCCUGGUGGCACUCGGAGCAGAAGCUGCUGAAGCGCUCCAAGCGCAGCCUGCACUUUAACGACCCCAAGUACCCCCAGCAGUGGCACCUGAACAACCGCAAGAGCCCCGGGAAGGACAUCAACGUCACCGGCGUCUGGGAGCGGAACGUGACGGGCAGCGGCGUCACCGUGGUGGUGGUGGAUGAUGGUGUGGAGCACACAGUCAAGGACAUCCAGCCAAACUAUAGCCCAGAAGGCAGCUAUGACUUGAACUCCAACGACCCUGACCCUAUGCCUCACCCUGACGAGGAGAACGGCAACCACCACGGGACGCGCUGCGCGGGGGAGAUCGCGGCCGUGCCCAACAACAGCUUCUGCACCGUGGGAGUCGCCUACGGGAGCCGCAUCGCGGGCAUCCGUGUGCUGGAUGGGCCCCUCACAGACAGCAUGGAGGCCAUUGCCUUCAACAAGCACUAUCAGAUCAACGACAUCUACAGCUGCAGCUGGGGUCCAGAUGAUGAUGGGAAAACCGUGGAUGGCCCCCACCAACUGGGAAAGGCUGCCCUGCAGCACGGGGUCAUCGCCGGCCGCAGGGGCUUCGGGAGCAUCUUUGUGGUGGCCAGUGGCAACGGGGGGCAGCACAACGACAACUGCAACUACGACGGCUACGCCAACUCCAUCUACACUGUCACCAUAGGCGCGGUGGAUGAGACGGGCUCCAUGCCGUUCUACGCCGAGGAAUGUGCCUCCAUGCUGGCCGUCACCUUCAGCGGCGGGGACAAGAUGAUGAGGAGCAUUGUGACGACAGACUGGGACCUGCAGAAGGGCACGGGCUGCACGGAGGGGCACACCGGGACCUCGGCUGCCGCUCCCCUCGCGGCCGGGAUGAUCGCGCUGAUGCUGCAGGUGCGGCCCUGCCUCACCUGGAGGGACGUCCAGCACAUCAUUGUCUUCACUGCCACCAAGUAUGAGGAUCAUCACGCCAAGUGGGAUGUCAACCAGGCCGGCUUCAGCCACAGCCACCAGCACGGCUUCGGCCUGCUCAACGCCUGGAGGCUGGUCAAUGCUGCCAAGAUCUGGGAGUCUGUCCCCUACCUCGCUUCGUAUGUGAGCCCUGCACUGAAGGAGGGCAGGAACAUCCCCUUGCUCCCACAGGAGCUGGAGGUCACCUGGAACGUCACCACCGCCGACCUGGAGCUCUCUGGCAUGAGAACCCUGGAGCACGUGGCAGUCACUGUCACCAUAACACACCCCCGCCGUGGCAACCUGGAGAUCAGGCUCUUCUGCCCCAGUGGGAUGAUGUCCCUGAUAGGGACCACCAGGAGCAUGGACUCGGACCCCAAUGGCUUUGCUGACUGGACCUUCUCCACCGUCCGGUGCUGGGGUGAGGAAGCACAGGGCAUGUACAGACUGGUCAUCAGGGACAUUGGAGAUGAGAGCUUGAGGCCUGGCACCUUGAAGCAGUGGCAGCUGACCCUGUAUGGCUCCUCCUGGUCCCCAGCAGAGAUGAAGGAGCGGCAGAGGCUGCUGGAGGAAGCCAUGAGCGGGCGGUACCUGAGCAGCGACUUCUCCCUGCCCUGCCCCCCGGGGCUGGAGAUCCCCGAGGAGCAGCACUACACCCUCACAGCCAACACCCUCAAGACCCUCCUGCUGCUGGGAUGCUUUGCUGUGUUCUGGACUUUCUACUACAUGCUGGAAGUUUGCCUGACCAGGAACAACGUGGGGCUCGAUGUGACCUGCAGUGGCUCCCCCACCUGCAGGUGGUACCAGCAAGGAGGGAAGCACAGAGCCCUGGAGAGCGGCCUGGAGAUGGAGUCUGUGCCGCUCUACUGUGAGAAGGACAUGGAUGACGUGGAGGUGGAGUGUGAGCACCCAGAGCCUGCCCAGGAGGACCAGAGGGAGGAGGGGUCCUGGACACCCACCCACCCCACACUUCCCAGUAACGGCAGAGCCACAAGUUUCCAGGAGGCAUCCCCAGCUGGAGCAGGGUACCUUGGCCGGGAGGCGAUGACCGAGCUGCUCUCGGAGGACAGGGAGCACCAGACCUGCUAG